GCUCCUGUACUGAUCUGCGGACAUGGAGAAACGGGUUUUUACGUGUUUUCGUCUCCUCUCGGUGCUGUUGCUGAACUCCGCUUCGGCCCAAAAUACAAAUUUGUUCUUCCCGGAAGGCGGAACCCUCAACUUGAGUCUUCCCGUCUCCGAGGCUUUAACCAGCGUCCUGUGGAAACAUAACGGCAAUCUGGUGGUUGAAUUGGUGAAUUCUGACCUCGAAUACUACGGCAGGUUUGAAAACCGCACAACCCUGAACCAAAACACUGGACGUUUGGAAAUAAAAAACAUAACUGAAGCUGACUCGGGGUCGUAUUCGGUGGAGAUCAACAACAAGGUCCAGAGCCAAGGUUAUGAUGUUACAGUACUCAAGAAAGUGCCCAAGCCUGAAGUGGUGGUGAGACCACUGACGUGUGCGCCUGCCCUGGAACGAUGCUCCCUGAGCUGUGAAGGAGACACCAGGGGGGAUGGAACUGUCACCUACAGCUGGAAGGAGGGAGACGGAGAGUGGAAGCAGGAGGAACGGAAUAUUACCAUCAAGAACAGUGAGGAAAUAAAACGAGUAAAAACGUUCUCCUGCCGGAUGAACAACCCAGUCAGUAAGGCAGAGAGUGAACCCCACCAGAAUCCAUUCUUUCAAGACGAAACAAAUGGCAGCUCUGGAGUUAUUUGGGGGAUUUUAUGUGUUGUCUUCAUCGGCAUCAUAAUUGUCUGUCUGUUUCUGUAUUUUAAGAAGCGAGAAUCCAUCAGGAAUAUUUGCUCUCAACGUCGGGAUGGCAACAACACUAGGAUUAUAAAUGAGACGCAACCACUCCACGCAAAUUCAACAGCACUUGAGAGUCAACCCCCCAACUCAAAUUCAACAGCACCUGAGAGUCAACCCCCCAACUCAAAUUCAACAGCACCUGAGAGUCAACCCCCCAACUCAAAUUCAACAGCACCUGAGAGUCAACCCCCCAACUCAAAUUCAACAGCACCUGAGAGUCAACCCCCCGACUCAAAUUCAACAGCACCUGAGAGUCAACCACUCAACCCCGAAGAAUCCGAAGAACAUUUAUAAAGUAGUGAAGCUCUUCUUCCAGAGAAACGGCCAGAUCUGGACACCGGUGCCCAUGACUUUACAUUGCUACUGCACUAUAACCAACAUUUCUGUCCAUUUCUGUUCGUUUUUUUUGUUUGUUUGUUUUUAGCAAUCAGCUGUGCGAAUCCUUCACUGUUCCCCGUAGUAGAGGAAUUUUCAUACUUUGUUCCCAAAACAUUGGACUUGGGGGGGAGAACAGUAUAAAAAAAAGGUGAUUAUAUGUUAUUGUUUUAAAAUAGUCACCCGUGUAUAGGCUGUUGUUAUUGGGGCAGGGCAACACCAAAUAAAAUUAAUUUGAGGUAGGUAAAGAGGGAAGAUAGAUGGAUGAUGUUCAUCACAUUAAGCAGCAAAUAACUGCCCCAUUUCAAUUCAUACAAUUAGAGUGAUGGAAGAAGUACUGAUAUCUUUUACUAAAGUAAAAGCGCAAAAGUCUUGGCAUCAAAAUGUACUUGGAUUAUAAUUAUUGAUGUGUUAAUAUACAUAUCACUUAAUUGUUCCAAAGGUGGAAAAAACUUUAUUUAAUUAAUGAUGUCCUGAUAUUAUAUAUCAUCAUUAUACUAAUAUCCAAGUGUAUUUGUUGAUUAUGUAAUUGAUUUGAAUCUGCAGAGUAACUUUGCCUCUCAAUUGUAGUGGAGCAGAAGUAGCAGAAAUGGUCAGAAAUUGGAAAUACUCAAAUAAUGGACAAGUACCUCAAAAUUGUACUUAGGCACAUUACUUUGUACUUCAUUGUACUUAAGUAUAUUAAGUAUGACAUUAAGUCCCCAUCCAGAAAUAUACUAAAAGUGUAAUUAGUAGCCAGCUCAUAAUAUGCAUUGCUAUGUAAGUCUUUAUUCCUGUAAUGAAAGGUUUUCAUUAAUAAGAUAGUGCUUGUUAUUGAUGACCAGCAUGUUACUUCGUAAAGCCUCCACAUUGGUGUCAACAUGAACUGGUCGUAUGGCUCAAACUUUACGUGAGGAACUGCAUGAGGCCAACUCAAAUGGCUGAUGGAUUUAAAAACAAAAACAAAAAACGGCAUGUAUUAAGAAUGUCUUAUAAGAUGACCUUUAAGUGGACUACUGUCAGUGUUUUUUUUUUUUUUUUUUACACAGCUUGAGUCAAUAGCUGAAUGGAAUGUGUAUUGUAUAAACGCCUCCUGACACAUGCUUUUAUUUUUUAUUUUUAGGUGCAUGUCGAGGGCUAAUGUCAAUCAUUUUGAAUCAUUUGAUCAACAAUCUGGAUCAAUCAACUCAAAGUCAUGAGCC